AUGGAGAAAGACAAAGAAGAUAGCUCUAUCGAAGAGCUUGACCCCUUUCUGGGCUCGUCUUCACGUUCAGAGCAUCAUGUUCGUAGUCAUCGCGGGCAUGAUAUCCUCUUAUACUGCUUGGUCAUCUUACUCGGCAUCUCUCUGGGCUCACACUUUUUGACAUAUAUCUACAUUCACAGAGCAUCGUAUCUUGACGCAGCUUGUGUAAGGCACACACAGCAGAAUCCCACCCCGAUUGAUAUCCCAAUUCAUUAUCGUUCAGUUCAUUACGACGGGACGUUUCUUGCCAACUCAACAUCUGUCUACCGCCUUCCUCCAUCUCCUGAAGUUGAUGCGGCAUGGGAAGGCCUCGGCACAAUCUCAAAGCCUCUUCUCUUGUCCGAGUCGCAAGCAACUCGCGCCGGAAUCAGUCUGGAUCACCUUAAAACUCCGUCAGGAGAGUUUCCAGUUUUAUUUGAGUUUAACCACCACUUACAUUGCCUCAACCUGAUUCGCAAGGCCCUCUUUUACAACUACGAUUACUAUUCGAGCCCUAAUUAUCCGGGGCACCAUCUUGGCAAAGAUGAACAAACCAUUACCAAGCACGUAACGCAUUGCGUCGAUAUGCUACGGCAGGUGAUCCAGUGUAAACCCGACCUAGGAGUUUUCGGGCAGUACUGGGUUAAGGACAAGGAGCAGGGAGUGGACGGAUCCUUUGUGGACUUCAAUACGGACCACAGGUGUAUCGACUGGGAACCAAUACGAGAGUGGGUUCAGUCACAUCAGACGCUCGAGGAUAUAGUAGUGGAGUUGAAAGAGGGCGAUAAGGUCCUACACAUUGCACCCUAG